GUCUCCCAGGACUGCUCUGCGCGCUCUCAGAGGGAUGCGCCUGCGCAUUGUGCUGGUCUCCAUGGCAGGGCCUCGGAGCCAAGACGAGAAGAAAUGCUGCUGUGAAGACAUAAUUAUAGCUCUCACACAAAUGAAGCCACAACUGUCAUGAUUUAGUGCCCCUCAAAGGAAGAACUUGAGUGGACAAGAGAGGGCAUUUCUGGGAAUAGUAAAAUGUUUGAGGUCUGAAUUUAAACUUGAGCUACUACCUGAAGCUAUUAACUAAUAGAAGAAAAUGGAAUUGAAUAUACCAGCAUGGAACAAUCUAACGAUUCCCUAAGAGUGAACCAUAAUGAUUCUGAAGAAUCAAAAACAGAUUCUCAAGUAUAUGAGCAUCUAACCUGCAUGGACUCCAGGGAUCCUUCCUUUGGACAGAAUGGUUCUCCUACUAGAGUUUUACCCAUCAUCUCUCAUGAAGCAGAUAAUUCACUCACAUCACAGAAUAUACCAGGGGCCCUGACUCAGACACAGACUCUUUCUGCAGAACAAUUCCAUCUAGUGGACCAAAAUAAGCAGCCUAUUCAAUAUGAACUCCAGUCAUUGGGGGAUUCUAAUGCACAAAUGAUGAUUGUUGCCAACCCCUCAGAAAAUGGACAGGUGCUGCGUGUAAUUCCAUCUACACAGACAGGAAUGGCACAAGUGAUUGUACCUCAGGGGCAGCUUGUGGAUGUGAAUAGUCCUCAGGAUGUCUCUGAAGAGAAGUCCAGUGAUAGAAAUUUACCAACUGUAAGAGUGGAUGUUCUAGCAGAUAAUACCAGUAAUUAUACUCUUCAUCCACAAGCAGCUGUCACAUUGCCCAAAAAGACAGUGGCCAGAAUGCUUGAAGAACCCUUUCUGGCUCCUCUCCAGCCACUUUCUUCUAAAACACCUAUGUGGGCCUGCCGUCUUAGGAGCUGUGAGAAAAUUGGAGAUUCAUACCGUGGCUACUGUGUAAGUGAGACCGAAUUAGAAAGUAUUCUAACAUUUCAUAAGCAGCAAACACAGAGUGUUUGGGGGACCCGCCAAUCUCCAAGCCCAGCCAAGCCGGCUACACGCUUGAUGUGGAAAUCUCAGUAUGUCCCAUAUGAUGGAAUUCCAUUUGUCAAUGCAGGGAGUAGAGCCGUGGUAAUGGAGUGCCAGUAUGGGCCAAGGAGGAAAGGUUUCCAGUUAAAAAAAAUCAGUGAGCAGGAGAGCAGGUCUUGUCAGCUCUACAAAGCCACUUGUCCAGCCCGGAUUUAUAUUAAAAAGGUACAGAAGUUUCCUGAAUAUAGAGUUCCUACAGACCCCAAAAUUGAUAGGAAAAUAAUCCGAAUGGAGCAGGAAAAAGCCUUUAACAUGCUAAAGAAGAACUUGGUAGAUGCUGGUGGUGUUCUUAGGUGGUAUGUACAGUUACCUACAAAGCAAGCUCAUCAGUACCAUGAAUUAGAGACUUCCUGUCUCCCUUUGCCACCUUCCUCUUUUACUGUGUCUUCUCUUGAAGAAGAGGAAACUGCAAUUAGGGAUGAGAACUGUGCAUUACCCUCACGUCUACAUCCCCAAGUAGCACACAAGAUUCAAGAAUUAGUGUCACAGGGAAUAGAACAAGUAUAUACAGUAAGGAAACAGCUAAGAAAAUUUGUAGAAAGAGAAUUAUUUAAACCUGAUGAAGUACCUGAGAGACAUAAUUUAUCCUUUUUUCCAACUGUAAAUGAUAUUAAAAAUCACAUCCAUGAGGUACAGAAAUCCUUGAGAAAUGGAGAUAAUGUGUAUAACUCAGAGAUUAUUCCAGCAACGCUUCAGUGGACUGCAGAUAAUGGGCAUAUUCUCAGAGAGACUGUGACAGUUACAUUUGCAGAAGGAAAUUCACCAGGGGAAUCAAGUAACACCAAAGUGGAAACAAAUCAGACAAGGGGUUCUUUGUCUCCAGAGCCGGCCCACUUGCUUUCUUCACUUUCCUCAUUUCAACCAAAAAUAUUUACACAACUACAGGGUUUGCAGUUGCAACCAAGAUUCACUUCUCCUGAUGGAUCACCGGCUGUGAUAUCAGUAAAUAACCACCCUUCCUCCAGUCCUUCAAGACUUCUGGAUUCAUUAGAAAGUACUGUAAUGAAUAAUAAUUCUCUACUGCUUGGUCAAAGUCAUAGUCUUCAAACAGAUACAUGCCUAACCCCAAACAGUAGCAUUAUUGCCUCUACCAUGACUAGCCUUCCAGGACCAGAUCAAAAUCUGGCUGCAAUGGACCAGCUGGUGGAAGUUGGAGAUGUUGAGGAUGCAGAGAAUAUGGAAGGAGGUGUUCACCGGAUUCUGCUGGGAAAUGGGCAGACCAUCCCAAUACAGAUUAUAGAUAGCCACCCAGCUAUUAGUAGAAACUGGAACUAUCAAUAUUUUCAUGUAAGUAUUUCAAUGAGUAGCUCUUUAAAAAUAGUUUCUAAAUUUUUAAAAAUUCAUGUGUCCUCUAAAUGCAUGUUCAGUCACAACAUAUCAGUAUUGUAUUUUAAAGGUGCUUAGCAUCGCUUUUUUAAAAGUAUGUUUACAUAUUUUAAAUAUUCAAUUAUUUUUUAAAUGCACAGGGUAUUAAAUACAAGUGCAUAAAGCUUUCAGUAUCUAUAUUUCGCAUUCUCCUAACAGCUCUACAGCAAACUUUGACAUCUGCUCUUUUGUGUGAUGUAUUGCAAGGUGUAAUAUAUGUAGUAGUGAGUUGGACAUUCAAAAUAAACAGAAAUUCAUAAUUACAGCUGAACUUUUUUCAUCAUUGUAGUUUCCAUGUUCCAAAGCCUCCCAGUGAACUUUAUAUAUACUACAGUGAGUUAUAGAUAAACACUGCCAUGGUGGGCUUUUUCCUUCAAUAUUAAUUUCUCCAUAAGCAGUUAACAUGCUUAAAAGAAAAAGCUUUUAUACUAAGUACCUUGUCUUAUCCAAGGUAAAUGUUUUCUAAAAGUCACAAAAAUGAUAGAAAAUAGAUUUUGGAAGCUGGUCCUGCAUUGCAGUUUUGAUUUUGAGGCCCACCAGCUUGUGUUUCAUUUCUACAUCCUGUCAAAAUACAGACUUAAUCAUGUGAGCAUGUGAAAGAUGUCAUUUAAUUUGUACCAGAUUUUUUAAAAAGUUUUAAAAUGUGUGUGUAUAUACAUAUAUAUAUAUAUAUAUUGUAACUUAAUGUAUAGUGUCCUUGUUAUAAUGUAAUUUUUUUCAUUAAAAAUCCUGUGUUAUUUUUUUUCUUAAACUUGUUGGUAGUUUUCUUUUUAUACUUUUUCUGGGGAUAGUGGUAGUUUUGUUCCUCUUAAAGAUGUUAAAUAAACACUUUAAUUACCUGCGAACUUUGGCUAGAAAUUUAUGGUCAAUUUGGAACUUGAAAGUUUUCCAGCAUAACUACCAGUAACUCCUGUUAUCAUUCCAUUUAAGGUCGUAUAUGCAUUUAGUACUCU